AUGGAGCCAGUCCUGGUCCUGGUGCUCAGUCUCUCCUGUCUGCUUCUCCUCUCACUCUGGAGACAGAGCUCUGGGAGAGGGAAGCUCCCUCCUGGCCCAACUCCUCUCCCAAUUAUUGGCAAUUUCCUCCAGAUAGAUGUGAAGAACAUCCAGCAAUCCUUUACCAAUUUCUCAAAAGCCUACGGCCCUGUCUUUACUCUGUAUUUUGGCACACAGCCCACUGUGGUGUUGCAUGGCUAUGAGGCAGUGAAAGAAGCUCUAAUUGAUCAUGGAGAGGUGUUUUCUGGAAGAGGAAGGCUCCCGGCUGUGGAUAAACUUCUUAAUGGCCUUGGAAUUUCUUUUAGCAAUGGAAAUAUGUGGAAAGACAUGAGACGCUUUUCCCUCAUGACCUUGCGAAAUUUGGGCAUGGGAAAAAGGACCAUUGAGGACCGUGUUCAAGAGGAAGCACAGUACCUUGUGGAGGAACUGAGGAAAACCAAUGGCUCACCCUGUGAUCCCACCUUCAUCCUGGGCUGUGCUCCCUGCAAUGUCAUCUGCUCCAUUGUUUUCCAGAAUCGUUUUGAUUACAAAGAUCAGGAUUUUCUUAACUUGAUGGAAAAACUGGAUGAGAACACCAAGAUUCUGGGCUCUCCCUGGUUACAGGUUUGCAAUACUUUUCCUGCUCUGCUUGAUUAUUGUCCAGGAAGUCAUAAUACAUUUUUUGAAAAUUAUUCUUAUAUGAAAAGUUACUUUUCGAAGAAAAUAAAAGAACAUGGAGAAUCAUCAGAUGUUACAAAUCCUCGGGACUUCAUUGAUUAUUACCUAAUUAAAAGAAGGCAGGUAAACUGCAGUCAGCAGUUGAAGUACACAAUUGAAAAUCUGAUAGUGAUUGUGACUGAUCUGUUUGGUGCUGGGACAGAGUCAAUAAGCACAACGCUGAGGUAUGCUUUCCUGCUCCUGCUGAAGCACCCACAUGUCACAGCUAAAGUACAGGAAGAGAUUGAUCGUGUGGUUGGCAGACACCGCAGCCCCUGCAUGCAGGACAGGAGCCAGAUGCCCUAUACAGAUGCCAUGAUUCAUGAAGUCCAGAGAUUCAUUGAUCUUCUCCCUAACAGCAUUCCCCAUGCAGUGACCUGUGACAUUAAGUUCAGGAACUACCUUAUCCCCAAGGGAACAACCAUAGUAACAUCACUGUCGUCAGUCCUGCAUGACAGCAAGGAAUUCCCCAACCCAGAGGUAUUUGACCCUGGACACUUUCUAGAUAAGAAUGGAAACUUUAAGAAAAGUGACUACUUCAUGCCUUUCUCAACAGGAAAACGGAGUUGUGCAGGAGAGGGCCUGGCUCGCAUGGAGCUUUUUCUGUUCCUGACCACCAUUUUGCAGAACUUCAAGCUGAAGUCUCUGGUUCAUCCAAAGGACAUCAAUAUGACCCCAGUAGUCAAUGGUUUUGCUUCAGUGCCUCUCCCUUUCCAGCUCUGCUUCAUUCCUGCCUGA